CCCUUGUUGUUUCAACUGCACUUGAUCUGAUCCUUACAUCUGAUCCUAACAUCUAUCUGCAGGCGAAGCCCAGCAGGCUCCACUGCUCCCACUGUGACGAGACGUACAGUCUUCCCCAGAAUGGAGCCAUCAAGCUGUAUAAAGAGCUCCGCUGUCCACUGGAUGACUUUGAGCUUGUGCUGUGGACCUCUGGGUCCCGGGGCAAGAGCUACCCCCUAUGCCCAUACUGCUUCAGCAACCCGCCUUUCAGGGAUAUGAAGAAAGGUAUGGGAUGCAAUGAAUGUACCCAUCCGUCUUGUCAGCACUCUCUCAACUCUUUGGGCAUCGGACAGUGUGUGGAGUGUGAUACUGGGGUUUUGGUGCUGGAUCCAACAUCUGGACCCAAAUGGAGGAUGGCUUGUAAUAAAUGCAACGUGGUGGUGCAGUUCUUUGAACAUGCACACAGAGUGCAGGUUGUUCAAGAGAGCUGCGAUGUCUGUGACGCCUCUCUGGUCGCGGUGGACUUCAACAAGACUCGCACUCCACUUCCUGCAGGCGAGACCCAACAUACCGGCUGUGUUUUCUGUGAUCCGGUUUUCCAGGAUCUGGUGGAGCUCAAACAUGCCACCAUGAGGCAUCGGGGAGGGGGUGCAAGACGAGGAGGACGGGGACGGGGCAGGGGACGCCGUAACAAUCCUAAAAAACCUAAAGACAAAAUGGCUGCCUUGGCAGCUUACUUUGUAUAGUGUCUGUGUAUAGUGCAUCUUGUUAUUUGCUAGACACCUAAUAGGUGUAAAUGGACUUCUGUUGUUUAAUUUUGUUACAUACAAUACAUAUUAGCAUAAUUUUUCACCAUCAUAAAAAUUCAUAAAAGUUCAUAUACACUGUACAGUAUGUUGUCAACUUGAAAAUACUGUUUUCAAGGAUCAACAUUAUAGAAAAUGUCCAAAUUUUUGAGUGCUACAUUUUUGAAAUUUCAACAGAUUGAGCUUUGAGAUUAAUUUAACAGGCAUGCCAGUAACAUGCUAAGACAUACAGUUGAUAUGUAAACAUGGGCUUGUAUCAUGCUAUAACAUGACACAAUUAUUCCAUUUGCACAAAGACAUGUUCCAUGUCAUGCAAAUGUUUAGUAACUUUUAACAUGUUGACAAUAAGUUUCAUUAAGUAAUAAUAAUAAUUAAACUGAUUAUUUCCACUAAUGCUCUUUGUCAAAAGUAGAAGUGUAACAAUACAAUUACUCAACUUGUCGAUCAAUAAAAAAGUAUUUGACAACUA